AUGGAGCACCCUUACGCCCAGGAGGACAGCCUGAAGAAAAAGCAACAGAAGGAAAAGGCCAAGAAGUCCGCACUGGAACUUCCCCCCAGGCCGGCCCGGUCUCUGCUCUGCUUCACCCUCCAGAACCCAGUGCGCAAGGCUUGCAUCGCUAUCGUGGAAUGGAAACCCUUCGAAACCGUCAUUCUGCUGACCAUCUUUGCCAACUGUGUGGCACUGGCAAUCUAUCUACCAAUGCCUGAAGAUGACACCAACAGAGUGAAUUCCAGACUGGAAAAGCUAGAAUACUUCUUCCUCAUAGUAUUUGCCAUUGAGGCAAUGCUAAAGAUAAUUGCCUAUGGAUUUCUAUUCCAUGCAGAUGCCUACCUUCGAAGUGGCUGGAAUGUGCUCGAUUUUACGAUAGUCUUUCUAGGAGUCUUCACGGUGAUCCUGGAGAGAAUCAGCUUAAUGGACAAAGCACUGCUUAGCGGGCAGGGUGGCUUUGAUGUCAAAGCGCUGAGAGCAUUCCGAGUGCUGCGGCCCUUGCGCCUGGUGUCAGGAGUGCCAAGCCUGCAGGUGGUCCUGAACUCCAUCAUCAAGGCCAUGAUGCCCCUGCUCCACAUUGCCGUGCUUGUUGUCUUCAUGCUCAUUAUCUACGCCAUUGUAGGGCAGGAGCUCUUCAAGGGAAAGAUGCACAAGACCUGUUACUACAAUGGGACAGACAUCUUGGCCACUGUGGAAAAUGAAAAACCAUCUCCGUGUACAAGUGCGGGCCAUGGGCGCCAGUGCACCAUCCCGGGCUCAGAGUGCAGGGGCAAGUGGCCAGGGCCCAACAACGGCAUCACUCAUUUUGAUAACUUUGGGUUUGCCAUGCUGACUGUCUACCAGUGCAUCUCCAUGGAGGGCUGGACAGAAGUCCUCUACUGGGUAAAUGACGCCAUUGGGAAUGAGUGGCCCUGGAUCUACUUCGUCAGCCUCAUUUUACUGGGGUCCUUUUUCAUUCUUAACCUGAUCCUGGGUGUGCUCAGUGGGGAGUUCACCAAAGAACGUGAGAAAGCCAAAUCGCGGGGUACCUUUCAGAAACUGAGGGAGAAGCAGCAGUUAGAGGAGGACAUGAAAGGCUACAUGGACUGGAUCACCCAUGCAGAAGUCAUGGAUAGUGACCGGAGACGCGGUGAAGGACUAAUGCCAUCAGAUGAAGGUGGCUCAGAGACAGAGAGCCUGUAUGAGAUUGAGGGCAUGAAUAAAUGGAUUCGCUUCUUCCAGCAGUGGAGGCGGUGGAACCGACUUUUUCGGAGGAAAUGCCGUGAAUUGGUGAAGUCCAAGUUAUUCUAUUGGUUAGUUAUCCUGGUUAUUGCCUUGAACACCUUCUCAAUAGCCUCUGAGCAUCACAAUCAACUUGACUGGAUGACCUAUGCUCAAGAUGUUGCCAACCGGGUGCUUCUGGCCCUCUUUACCAUAGAGAUGAUUCUGAAGAUGUAUGCCCUGGGCUUCCGUCAGUACUUCAUGUCGCUCUUCAACCGCUUUGAUUGCCUGGUGGUGUGCACGGGCAUCCUAGAGCUCAUACUGGUGGAGAUUGCCUCCAUGACACCCUUGGGCAUCUCUGUUUUGCGGUGCAUUCGUCUGCUGCGGAUCUUGAAGAUAACUAAGUACUGGACCUCCCUAAACAACUUGGUGGCCUCUCUGCUGAACUCUGUACGCUCCAUUGCCUCCCUCCUCACCCUCCUUUUCCUCUUCAUUGUCAUCUUUGCCCUGUUAGGGAUGCAGCUUUUUGGAGGGAGGUUUGACUUUGAUGAUAUGAUAAUCCGACGUAGCACAUUUGAUAACUUUCCCCAGGCUCUCAUCAGUGUCUUCCAGGUUCUGACUGGGGAAGACUGGACUUCCAUUAUGUACAAUGGGAUUAUGGCUUAUGGAGGGCCAACCUAUCCUGGCAUGUUGGUCUGCAUUUAUUUCAUUAUUCUCUUUGUCUGUGGAAACUACAUCUUGCUCAAUGUCUUUUUGGCCAUUGCUGUGGACAACCUUGCUGAGGCUGAAACACUGACUUCUGCCCAGAAAGCCAAAGCUGAAGAGAAGAAGAGGAAAAAGUUGACCAGAGGCUAUCCUGAGAAAUCUGAAGAGGAAAAACAGAUGUUGGCUAAGAAACUGGAACAGAAAGCCAAGGGCGAAGGAAUCUCUACCACUGCCAAGUUGAAGGUGGAUGAGUUUGAAUCCAAUGUCAAUGAAAUCAAGGACCCCUAUCCCUCUGCUGACUUCCCAGGUGAUGAUGAGGAAAAUGAGCCUGAAAUCCCCCUGAGCCCAAGACCGCGCCCCCUUGCAGAGCUGCAGCUGAAAGAGAAAGCAGUGCCAAUGCCAGAAGCCAGUGCAUUCUUCAUCUUCAGUCCAACCAACAAGUUCCGUGUGCUGUGCCACCGAAUUGUCAAUGCCACCUGGUUCACCAACUUCAUCCUGCUCUUCAUCCUGCUCAGCAGCAUCUCACUGGCGGCUGAAGAUCCAAUACGGGCUGUAUCCUUCAGGAAUAAGAUUUUAGAGAAAUUUGACACUGUCUUCACAUCUGUAUUCACUGUUGAAAUCAUUCUGAAGAUGACUGCUUAUGGUGCUUUCCUUCACAAGGGGUCCUUCUGUCGCAACUAUUUCAACAUUCUGGACUUGGUUGUUGUUGCUGUGUCCCUCAUCUCCAUGUGGUUUGAGUCCAGUGCCAUCUCAGUGGUGAAAAUCCUAAGGGUGCUCAGAGUGCUGCGACCACUGAGAGCCAUUAACAGAGCAAAGGGGCUAAAGCAUGUGGUCCAGUGUGUUUUUGUGGCCAUCAAGACCAUUGGCAAUAUUGUGCUGGUUACCUUCUUGCUGCAGUUCAUGUUCGCCUGCAUUGGGGUGCAGCUCUUCAAGGGAAAAUUCUUCAGCUGUACUGAUCCAACCAAGUUGAUCGAAUCUGAAUGCAGGGGACAUUUCAUCACCUAUGUUGAUGCUGAUCCAACGCAGGUUGAGGAACAUGAGCGGAUGUGGAUCCACAAUGAUUUCCACUUCGACAAUGUCUUCUCAGCUAUGAUGUCUCUCUUCACUGCAUCCACUUUUGAAGGAUGGCCUCAACUGCUGUACAGAGCAAUUGACACCAGCGCUGAGAACGUGGGCCCCAUAUACAAUCAUCGCAUGGGCAUUGCCAUCUUCUUCAUCAUCUAUCUCAUCCUCAUAGCCUUUUUCAUGAUGAACAUCUUCGUAGGCUUUGUCAUUGUAACCUUCCAGGAGCAGGGUGAAACAGAGUACAAAAACUGUGAGCUGGACAAGAACCAGCGCCAGUGUGUCCAGUAUGCCCUGAAAGCACGACCUCUGAGAUGUUACAUUCCCACCAACCCCUACCAGUACCAGAUAUGGUACGUGGUGACUUCCUCCUACUUUGAAUAUCUCAUGUUCUUCCUGAUCACGCUGAAUACCAUCUGCUUGGGCAUGCAGCAUUAUAAUCAAUCAGAGACUAUGAACCAGGUGUCAGAUGUCCUCAAUGUGGUCUUCACCAUCCUUUUCACAGUGGAAAUGAUCCUUAAACUUAUAGCCUUCAAAGCUAAGGGCUACUUUGGGGAUCCUUGGAAUGUCUUUGAUUUCCUUAUUGUUGUUGGCAGCAUCAUUGAUGUCAUCCUGAGUCAGAUUGAUACUAAGCAGCCAUUGCUCCAGGGGACCAGCAGUACUGGAGAGGCCAUUUCACAGCUUCCCGCAAUAGAUCCUGAUGAAAGUGGCCGGGUCUCCAUCACUUUCUUCCGACUUUUCCGUGUCCUACGGCUGGUAAAACUGCUGAGCCGAGGAGAGGGAAUUAGGAAUUUGCUGUGGACCUUUAUCAAGUCCUUCCAGGCACUUCCUCACGUGGCCUUGCUGAUUGUGAUGCUGUUCUUUAUCUAUGCUGUAAUUGGGAUGCAGAUGUUUGGGAAAAUUGCUCUGGUGGAUGGAACCCAAAUAAAUCGGAACAACAACUUCCAAACCUUCCCACAAGCAGUGUUGCUGCUGUUCAGGUGUGCAACCGGUGAGGCCUGGCAGGAGAUCCUACUGGCUGCCAGUUAUGGGAAGCUGUGUGACCCUGAGUCUGACUAUGCUCCUGGGGAAGAAUACACUUGUGGGACAGGCUUUGCUUACUUCUACUUCAUCAGCUUCUACAUGCUAUGUGCAUUCCUGAUUAUCAAUCUUUUUGUUGCUGUCAUCAUGGAUAACUUUGACUACCUCACACGGGAUUGGUCCAUACUGGGUCCACAUCACUUGGAUGAAUUCAAAAGAAUCUGGGCAGAAUAUGAUCCUGAAGCCAAGGGCCGCAUCAAACAUCUAGAUGUGGUGACUCUCUUGAGACGAAUCCAGCCUCCUCUGGGCUUUGGAAAGUUUUGUCCACACCGUGUGGCUUGUAAGCGCCUGGUGGGUAUGAAUAUGCCCCUAAAUAGUGAUGGCACCGUCACAUUUAAUGCUACACUCUUUGCUCUAGUGAGAACAGCUCUCAAGAUCAAGACAGAAGGUAAUUUUGAGCAAGCCAAUGAAGAGCUGAGAAUGAUUAUCAAAAAAAUCUGGAAGAGAACAAGCAUGAAGCUCUUGGAUCAAGUGAUUCCACCAAUUGGAGAUGAUGAAGUAACCGUGGGCAAGUUCUAUGCUACCUUCCUCAUCCAGGAGCACUUCAGAAAAUUCAUGAAGCGUCAGGAAGAGUAUUAUGGAUACCGGCCCAAAAAGAAUGCCAUUGAAAUCCAAGCUGGCCUGAGGACCAUCGAAGAGGAAGCUGCUCCUGAGAUCAAAAGAGCAAUCUCUGGGGAUCUGACAGCAGAGGAGGAGCUUGAGAGAGCCAUGGUAGAGGCAGCCAUGGAAGAAGGAAUCUACAGGAGGACAGGGGGCUUGUUUGGACAGGUUGACAACUUCAUGGAACCCAGCAGCCCCCUGCCACCCCAUGUGGCCAGCCAGAGGCCUCUGCAAUUCACUGAAGUGGGAAGCGAGGAUCUGGAUUCCCCUGUGUUCCUGGAUGACUUCCCACCAGCAGGCAACACCAAUGUGAAUAACAGCAACAGCAAUGUCAACAACAAUGCAACGACACGGAUGACAUAUGAGGAUGAACAGAAUGGAGAAUGCAUGCUACCGCCUUCACAUCAGUCAUCCCGUGCAGCCUACACACACUCUGUCCAGCCUGAAAAACAACAAGAGCAAGUGAGCAAGCGGCCAGCAUGUGGUGUCAAUACUUGUUCAGAACUACAGUUUUCCAUUCAGCAGGAUCUGACCUCUGGGGGACGCGGCUCCCUAGCUACAGAUUCCUUCCGGAAACUGGCAAGAGAUGAGGUGGCUGCUGCAUUCCAGGUGGAGGAUGUUGCUGCCACAUUGAAGAGAAGGGACAACUCAACUACAUCUCUGUAA